UAAAAUGUCAGGACUUUUUGGAAAAAGCUCAGGAGGCGGAGGCCUCUUUGGAGGACAAAGCAAGCCAACCGGAGGCGGUCUUUUUGGAGGCCAAAGCAAACCAACCGGAGGAGGUCUCUUCGGAGGACAGAGUACUUCAGGAGGCGGAGGUGGCCUCUUUGGCGGAUCAAGCACAAGUGGCGGCUCAGGAUUUGGAUCAAGUACCUCAACCGGAGGUGGAGGCCUUUUUGGAGGACAGAGUAAACCAACAGGUGGAGGACUUUUUGGAUCAAGCUCAACCUCAACCUCAGGAGGAGGAAUGAUGGGAUCAAGCACUGGAACAGGAGGUGGAGGUCUCUUUGGAUCAAAAACAACAACUUCAGGAGGUGGGGGUCUCUUUGGCUCUAAACCUCAAACUACAGGAACAUCAUCCUUCGGAGGAGGCUCAUCUGGAGGUGGACUCUUUGGAAGAAGCGGAGGUGGAAUGGGAACCCAAGGUAAAUCCACUUUCUUCGGCGGUGGAUCAUCAUUUGGAGGAGCCUCGUCUAGUGGAUUCGGCUCCUCUGGAGGUGGCGGAAGCGGAUUUGGCUCUAGUGGAUCUGCAUUCGGUGGAGGAUCUCAACAAGCAAAUCUUGCAGAAGGAACUAUUAAUGUUCACUUUACUGAAUAUAAAGAUAAGGAUCAUGGCUCUGAUAACAAGAGCAGUAUCAGUCUCCACUCUCUUACUGCCCAACCUGCAUUCAAUUCGUUAUCCUUGGAGGAGUUACGAGCUGCCGAUUAUCUAUUAAAGAAACAAGGAAAAGCUAAUUUUCCUAUAGGUGCUCAACCAGCCCAGAAAAGUGCUGGAACUCCUUCUUUUGGAGGUAGCAGUAGUGGCGGUGGAGGCCUCUUUGGUGGGGGAAGUAAAUCUAGCAAUCCAUUUGGAGGUUCAACUACUCAGACCACAGGCGGAACUAGCACAGGUGGGUUAUUUGGAGCAUCAAAAACCUCUACAGGGUUCGGUUCAAAACCAUCUGGAGGAGGACUUUUUGGAAGCUCAACUACUAGCUCUACUACUACUAGCGGCUUUGGAGCAUCAAAGCCAUCAACUGGAGGAGGUCUAUUCGGAAGUAGUUCAUCUAGUGGAUUUGGACAGAAGCCAGCAGGGACUGCUGGAGGAGGGUUGUUUGGAUCAACAGCCUCAAAGCCAGCCGGAACUGGAUUAUUUGGAGGAGGAGGAGCCUCAACAACAGCCAAACCAGCAUUAUUUGGACAGUCUUCUGGAGGAGCUAAGACAGGGCUGUUUGGAUCAUCCACAGGUACAUCUGGAUUCGGAGCUAAAACAACUACAGGAUUUGCAAGUAAUACUGCAAAGCCAGGAUUAUUUGGUAGCUCAUCAGGAACAACUGGUGGUGGUCUCUUUAACAAGCCAUCAGGCUUUGGAUCUUCAACAACUGGAACUACAGGAUCUGCAUUUGGAACAUCCUUCGGAUCUUCGGCUCCUCAACAGACAGCUCAACCUCCAGUCGACCAACAAUAUGCUGAGAUCUUUGCUUCUCUUAAUCAAGACCCAUAUGGGACAAAAGGACUUGAAGAAACUUUGAAAUUACACUCUGUUGAUGCUGACAAGCAAGCUAUUCUUAGUAAAAUUGUUGGACAAGUCAUUAGCUACAAAGAUCAACAAAAAUCCAGCAAGACUACAAUUAGCAGCUCAAGAUUCGAAGAGAACGAGUUCUUUAAUAGCUCUUCAGCAGAUGCUCCAAUUUCACUAAAAUUUAGUAACAAGUCUAAGAUUCAUUUCACAGGAUCUUUCAAGAGCCAAGAGAACCCUUACUUGUCAAGCAAGUCAAACUCCCAAAGCAAGAGGAAGGAUUAUGAAGCUACUUCAAGACAGAUGGAGUAUGAGAGAGCUAAAAAUGAACACGACUAUCUAAGAGAAGCUAGCAAAUUUAUCUCAAAAGCUACUAAGAAAGACAAUGUCCAAACCAGAGUUCCAGAAGUAAGAUCAUUUGAGACUUCAAAAGAGCCUAUCAUCAGGAAGAACAUUAAUGAGACUCAACUUUCUGGACCAAACUCAGUCAAUGUCAAGGUCAAUGUAUUCAUUGAAGAUAGAGAGACCCAGAUUUUAGUCACUAUUCAUAAGUCCAGAACUAUUAAAGAGCUGAUCGAACUCUGUACUCAAAAGAUUGGAUUCACCAGUGAAGCUGAUUUAAUGAAGAUCGUACAUAAAUCAAGGAUCUUAAAUGAAAGCAACACUGUUGAAGAGUCUGAUAUUCAGAAUAAUAUGGCUCUUGACCUACUAAUUCAGGAGAAACAGACUCCAGGAGGGCCAGGUCAUACCCAGACAGCCACUGGGGAAGGAAAGACUAGAGAUUACGUAUCUUUUGGUAAUGAAAAAUUCACUGAAAAAGAGAAACUCCCAAUUCAGAAAAACAUCAGUUAUACUUUGAUCCCAGAUCUAAUCGAGAUGGCAAGAAUGACAGAGUAUGAACUAAUGAAUAUUAAAGAUCUCACCAUCGAGAAUCAAUAUGGAAGGAUUACUUGGGUUGGAAGAACAGAUGCAAGAGAGAUCAAUUUCGACCAACUUGUUGAAAUUGCACCAUUUGCUGCAACUGUGUAUCCUCCAGAAAUUGAAGCUAAAAACUUGAAGCCCCCAGUUGGAAAUGGACUAAACAAGCCAGCUAUCAUCUCUCUGUUUAAUAUUAAGCAGCCAAGAAAUGAUAAGAAAACUCCAGAAGCAUUUGAGAACAACCUUAGAGAAAGAACAGCUACUAUGGAAGAUUGUGAAUUCAUCAAAUAUGAGAAAGAUGAAGGAAUUCUUACCUUUAGAGUUGAGCAUUUCACAAGAUACGACUUUGCACCCAUCAACAACCAAAAUAGCCAAUUUGAGAGUGAAGAAGAAAGAGCUGAAGAAACUAAGGAGGUCAUGGAGCCUUCCUCAAUGGAGGUUGGCACCGGAAGAUUCUCUUUUGGCCAAAACCAGCCAGUCAGAAGAACUUUCAGACAUACUGAAGAACAAAAAGACAUUGAUGUUGAUGUCGAAGAGGAGGAAGAAGACUCAAGAAUGAGUGAAGAGGAAUCUGAAAGGGAGAGACAUAGAAGCUACAGAAAUGCAGACAACUUCUUGCAUGACAUUAAUGAAGAAUCAGAGAGUCGCUCUUCAAAAAUAGAAAUUGAACCAAAGCAACAAACUUCAUCUAAGAAAGAAUCAAAGAUUAACUUUGGAUACAUCUAUGAGAAGAAGUUUGAGGAACAUAAGCCUGAAGAAGACCUCGAAUAUGAACAAGAAGAAGAGGAGGAAGAAUACCAGGAAGAUGAGCAAUGUUUCCUUUCAACUGAUGAUAUCAGAAACAAGAUUAAGCAAAGGAAAUUAGAGAUAACAAAAUCAAUGGAAAACUUUAGCAAGAAGAGAGUUGUUGAAAGAGAAAGAAUCAACCCUGGGAACUUAGUCAAAACUUCUACCAAUAGUGGAGCUCACAACAAGCUGCUGUACAUGAAGAAGCUCAAAGCAGUUAAUGCUGUACUUGGAGUUGCUCAAAUGAAGUAUUACUAUGAUGAAGAAGAGGACACAGAAAGAGGGAAUAAUCCAGAGAAGGAUAGAAAGGCUAGGAAUUGCCACUAUGAAAACAUCCUACAAAAUCACAUGAAGUUUAGUAAGAUCUAUGGAAAGUAUCAAAAAGAAUCACUAGAGAGCAGGUUUAAUUCUCUUGAUAUCAGACCAGGAGGUAGACCAGCUGCAAAAGCUCAAGCCUAUGGAGACUUACCUAUCAUUGAUCCACCUACAGAGCCUUGAGAAUUUACAGAUAUGUGGUAUGAAAUUUUGAGAAGCAGCAGAGAGCUUCUUGCUCCAAGUAAUAUCCUCUCAGAGUACUUGAAAAUAGAUAUCGAGAAAGAUUGAGAGACCUUCACUUUGCUAAACGCUCUCUUUGGAAAUGCAUUUAUUGAUCUGUCCAGAUAUAUGGGAAAUCCUGGAUACCUUAAUCGCACAAAGAUGGAUAAGUACAGAUCUCUGAAGGUAAAAGAGGCCAAUAUUGAGAAAGCUAGGAACAACCUUAUGAGUAAUUGGCUAAAGUAUGUAACUAAUAAGGAAGUUGAGACUCGUCUAAACUCUGAAAACCUGACUUCUUCAGAACGAGCUGGACUCAGCCUGUACACUGGUGAUAAGAUCUCUGCUAGUGAGAAUCUGAUCAACACUUCUAAAGAAAGUGAAGGUGUUUACAAUAAUAGCUCACUAAACGAGGAUAAUAAAGGGUUGCAAGAAAACUAUCACUGCAAUAAUACAGUAUCUUGGAAAUGUAAUCUUGCUAAGUUCUUCUGGGAGCACUGAGAUUGAGAUAUUACGAAAGCAUACAACCACCUUCUUAAUAUGGCUGCUGCUAAUGACCAUGAGGAGGAUGGCUCAUCCAAAAAUCUAGUCUUAGAAAAAGAUGACCCACUAAUGUGCGAAAUCCUAGGAGUCUACUGCAAUCUAGACAGAGUUGACUACUCUAUCUUCAGAGAAAGAGGCAUUGACAUCCAAAAUUCAUGUGUCAGAAGAACUAUGUGGAGCCUUAUCACCUGCCUUAAGAAGCUUAAUGCUUUCCUUAUCAGAGAAGAGCAAAUUGCAGGAAUUGAUGUUGAUAGCAGAACUAGGUUCAGUGAGAUUAUAGAAUCAAUCUACCCAAGAAUCACCUUUGAAUAUGCCCAUGAGCUUGAAACCUUAGGACUGUGGAAAUGGGCAAUCUUUGUGAUACUUCAUCUUGAUAAUUCAUCCCAGAAAUCUAAAUAUAUAAGAGAUAUUUUACUAAAAUAUGCGGGAGAAGAGCAAGACUUGACCUUUCUCAGAGACAACCUCAAAAUUCCAGAAUACUACAUGCAUGAAGCAAAGGCAACUUAUUACCAGGCUAAGGGAGAAUAUGCUGAAGCCUUUAGUCACUGGCUUGAGUGAGAAUCCUCUGUCAAAAAUCCCUCAAUGGCAAGAUAUGAAGUUGGUGAAAACAAUAGGAUUGAUUUGAGAAGACUAAGCUCAAGUAAUCUCUCUUUUUAUAAGAAAGCUCACGAUUUGUUGAUGACUCAGGUUAUCAUCUCUUCUGAAUCCUUACCUCAGAAGUUCUCUGAUCUCCAGUUGAUGAUAGAAAAAUUAGAGAAAAAUAAAGAGUAUAUCUCUAACUGGGAAAAUAACGGAAGAAUUCUCUAUGAAUUCCUUAGACUUAGAGCUGAUUCUAUUGGAUAUCUCUCAACCUUCUUCGAUAACUAUGGUGAAUACGCACCUGUUGAAGAGCAAUGGAAAAAUAGCAAUACUCAAGAGGAAAUCACUAAGCUCCAAGCAAGACUCUCUGCACUUGUAAAAAGCUUUGAAAACUUCUGCCAAUUUGAAGUUUCUCAGAAAAUGACCUCAAUGAAGACAGAGCUUAAGAGAAUCCUUCUUGACUGGGAUACAAAGUUCAAGAUCAUCAAUGCUAAACUCAACGACAAUCAUAUUAACCUUUCGUUCCCUAACGAUUUGCUACUUGACAGUCAAGACUUGAAUAUCUGUGAUAAGAAGAAUGCACUGGAUAAAUGUGUGAAUGUUUCUCUCUCAGAAUAUCUGAGCGCAAAAUAAUCUACUCUUAAAGUUAUUACUACUAAAUAUUCAAACCCUCUA